AUGCUGCGGUUUCUGCGCCGGACCUUUGGCCGCCGCUCCAUGCAGCGCUACGCGCGGGGCGCGGCAGGGCGCGGGGCCGCCGGGCUGGGGGACGAGCGCGACGGGGGCCCGCGGGGGGGCCCGGCCGCCGCUGUCUCCACGCUGCCCGCCGCGCCCGGGGGCAGCGUGUUCCCGGCCGGCGGCGGGCCCCUGCUCACGGGCGGCGCGGCCGUGCACAUCUCUGCCGCCGGAGCCUCCAAGGCCACCCUCUACUGCCGCGUCUUCCUGCUCGACGGUACCGAAGUGAGCGUGGACCUGCCGAAACAUGCCAAAGGCCAGGAUUUGUUUGAUCAGAUUGUGUACCACUUAGACCUGGUGGAAACAGAUUACUUUGGCCUCCAGUUCCUUGACUCUGCCCAGGUUCCGCACUGGCUGGAUCAUUCCAAACCUAUAAAAAAGCAGAUGAAAAUUGGACCUGCUUAUGCUUUGCACUUUCGAGUUAAAUAUUAUUCUUCAGAACCGAACAACCUUCGUGAAGAGUUUACAAGGUACCUGUUUGUUUUACAACUCAGGCAUGACAUUCUUUCAGGAAAAUUGAAAUGCCCAUAUGAAACAGCUGUGGAAUUAGCCGCUCUCUGCCUACAAGCCGAGCUUGGGGAGUGCGAGCUUCCAGAACACACACCAGAGCUUGUGUCUGAGUUUCGGUUCAUUCCAAAUCAGACAGAAGCGAUGGAAUUUGAUAUCUUCCAGAGAUGGAAAGAAUGCAGGGGAAAGAGCCCUGCCCAGGCGGAACUCUCCUAUCUGAAUAAAGCGAAGUGGCUGGAAAUGUAUGGGGUAGACAUGCACGUUGUCAGGGGAAGAGAUGGCUGUGAAUAUUCUCUUGGACUGACCCCGACAGGCAUAUUAAUCUUUGAAGGAGCUAACAAAAUAGGCUUAUUCUUUUGGCCAAAAAUUACCAAAAUGGAUUUUAAAAAGAGCAAAUUGACGCUGGUGGUGGUGGAAGAUGACGACCAGGGCCGCGAGCAGGAGCACACGUUCGUGUUCCGCCUGGACAGCGCCCGGACCUGCAAGCACCUAUGGAAGUGCGCCGUGGAGCAUCACGCCUUCUUCCGGUUGCGGACGCCGGGAAACAGCAAGUCCAACAGGUCGGACCUCAUCCGGCUAGGCUCUCGCUUCCGGUUCAGUGGGCGGACGGAAUAUCAAGCGACACAUGGCGCCAGGUUACGAAGAACCAGCACCUUCGAGAGAAAGCCUAGUAAACGCUAUCCAUCCCGAAGACAUUCGACGUUCAAAGCAAGUAACCCAGUGAUAGCAGCUCAGUUCUGCUCUAAAACAAAUCCUGAAGUCCAUAAUUACCAGCCCCAGUAUCAUCCCAAUCUCCACCCCGGCCAACCUCGGUGGCACCCCCACUCUCCAAACGUAAGCUACCCGCUCCCUUCCCCAGGGCUCAGCAGCUCGGACCGGCUGCCUUUCCGCCUCGAGGAGAACGGGGGCACUCCGUUCACCACCAAGGCUUCGGGAAGGCACCACCAUCACCACCACCAGCACCAGCACCACACGAACUAUGGCCUCUCACUGACCCUGGAGAACAAGGAGGGGCUUGCCAGGUCCCCAAACUCCAGCAGUAAAUCCCUUACAAAACUGAGUCCGGGAACACCUGCCCUUUUCAGCGAAGCCGCUGCCCAUCUAAAGAAGCUGGAACUGGAAACUGUGAAGCCUGCUGGACCCUGGCCUGCUCUGCACAUCAAUAUAAAUAAGGCCGAAGAGAAAAAAGUUCCUGAGAAGACUCUUCAGACUCCACUUUUGCCAUCCCCCGUGGCUGAUCACGUCAAGUGUAACAUUUUGAAGGCCCAGCUGGAGAACGCGUCCCGAGUGAGUGCCCAGCAGGUUGGAAAAGAGGAAUCACCGUUUGUAAAUAUUAAUAAGAAAUCCACUCUUCAGGACGCUAAUGUAAGAAGUCCUAUCCCUAUACGUGUGGAAACUACACAACCAGCUAUGGAAAAGCCGGAGAUCAAGCCUCCCCGAGUGCGGAAGUUAACAAGACAGUACAGCUUUAACCGCAGUGAUGAAGACGACCUCCCUCCAGACCUGGCCGAGGCAGUGGGAGCGACCACAACUGCACCCGCAGCUACCACCACCGCCACCACCACACAAGCCUCAGUGCCACUGCUGUCCCCCAAAGUCCACAAGAUCAGCUCGCCUCAGGGCUCAGAAGGCAAGGGCCAGCUGUCCCCAGGGGCCAAGAGCCCCUCUAACCGCGGAGGUGCCUUUACCUUGGAGCCGGGGGAUCUCCUGAUGGAUUUCACGGAAGCCACUCCUCUGGCAGAGCCCGCCAGCGCCCCCCACUGUGCCCACUCUCGCUGUUCUCCUCCACUCUCUCUCCCCAUGAAGGAAGAGACCACUGGAGUUUGCAUGCACCCUCCAAUCAAAACGAGGCUGAUAAAAACAUUCCCGGCUGAUACAGUGACCCCUUUUCCUGAUCCUUUCAUAACAGGGCCACAGCUUACCGCAGACUUUAGAGACAGUAAAUUACAGUGCUGUCCUGGCCCGUCUUCCCCGCUGAUUCCUGCAGCGACCCUGAGGCCCUUGACAGAGACCGUGUCCACAGUGCAGACCAUCUACACCAUUCGGAAGCCUGUUUCUCCAGCAACCAGGUGUGUCAGGUCAGCAGGUGCCAACAGUGCAGAGACACUCCGGCAGGAACUGGAGAGAGAGAAAAUGAUGAAGAGACUGCUGAUGACCGAACUGUGA